AUGACGGCGAAACCGGAUGCCUGCGGGGUGUUUAUAGCGGGGGAGGUGGCGGCAUCGCUGUUUGGUCAGUCGCCUACUGCAUUCCUGCAGGAGCUGCGGCAGGGCAAGUAUGCCAAGUUGGUUCUGACAGACCUCGAGGCCCUGCGCGCGGUGGCGGCCCUCGGGCUGCCCGUCGAGAGCACCGCCGGCGCAGCAGGCGCGGCGGCGCUGCCCGCGGCGACGGUGCAGCAGCUGAUGGUCGACCGCCGGCGCUUGGACCUGCUGCAGCCCUUCAAGCUGGCGCUCCUCAAGCUGGCCUCCCAGGAGGCGGCGCGGCUGAUGGCGCGGGGCGAGUACGAGAGCGCUCUGCCUGUGGCCCUGGAUGCCGUCAAGCAGGGCAAGACGCAGCAGGCGCUGGCGUGCUUUGCAGAGGAUGUGUACCAAUGCGCCCUGGAGUACGGCCCCCGGGACCCCCGCACCAGCCUCGGAUACUUCAACCUCGGAAAGGCGCGCCGCUGA